AAUGACAACAGAGAAAGAGGUGAAAAUUGGGCUUCGAGUAAUACAGGACAAAUGCAGGGAGUAAUAAUCGUAUUGCCCGAAAGUCUUUUCCGACGGCGUUUCCGCGGAUACUUUCUCUGAAGUUUGAGUUGAACCGUAGUGAAGGAAGACUUGCUUCUUCUUCCAUCGAUUUCUGCAAACCCUAAUUUGUCGUCUCAGAAACAAAUCUUCAUACUCCAGUCGUAUGCUAGACAUUGAAAAAUUGCUUCAAUGGACGGAGCUUCGAGUGAGCAGGCUGAUUCGACGAUAUCUUGUGUGCGGUGUGGGAAGCCCGCUCAUCUUCAGUGUCCUAAGUGUGUGGAAUUGAAGCUUCCUCGUGAAGGUGCUGCAUUCUGCACUCAGGAUUGUUUCAAGGCAUCAUGGAGUUCUCAUAAGUCGGUGCACUUGAAAGCAAAGUUGUCCGCAGUUGGUGCAGGCACCCCAGAGGAACAAAUUUCAACCUUACUUAAUGACGGAUGGCUAUAUUGCUUAAAGAAAGGCCAGGCUCGUACGGAAAAGCUACCUCAUUUUGAUUGGACAGGGACCCUGAGGCCAUAUCCUAUAUCAAAACGGCGUAGUGUACCCGCUCAUAUUGACAAACCAGACUGGGCAAUUGAUGGAAUCCCCAAAAUUGAGCCCAAUAGUGAUUUGCAACAUGUUGUGGAGAUCAAAACUCCGGAGCAGAUUGAGAGAAUGAGAGAAACGUGCCAAAUUGCAAGGGAGGUUUUGGAUGCGGCUGCUCGUGUUAUUCGACCUGGUGUGACAACUGAUGAAAUUGAUGAGGUGGUCCAUGAGGCGACGAUUGCUGCUGGUGCAUAUCCAUCUCCACUAAAUUAUCAUUUUUUCCCAAAGUCUUGCUGCACGUCAGUAAAUGAAGUUAUUUGCCAUGGAAUCCCAGAUGCCAGGAGAUUAGAGGAUGGGGAUAUUGUGAAUGUUGAUGUGACUGUCUACUAUAAAGGUGUCCAUGGUGAUCUUAAUGAGACGUACUUUGUGGGGAAUGUUGACGAAGCAUCUCAGCAUCUGGUCCGAAGUACUUUUGAGUGCUUGGAGAAAGCUAUAUCCAUAGUUAAACCUGGGGUGCGAUUUCGUGAAGUUGGCGAAGUUAUUAAUCGGCAUGCUUCGAUGUCUGGGUUAUCGGUGGUGAGAUCAUACUGUGGUCAUGGUAUUGGGGAGCUAUUUCACUGUGCCCCAAAUAUUCCCCACUAUGGAAAAAAUAAAGCAGUUGGCGUGAUGAAAGCUGGGCAGACUUUCACAAUUGAGCCCAUGAUCAAUGCAGGAGUUUGGCGUGAUCGGUCUUGGCCUGAUGGAUGGACAGCUGUUACAGCAGAUGGCAAACGCAGUGCUCAGUUUGAACACACUCUUCUGGUCACGGAAACUGGAGUUGAGGUUCUUACCGCACGGUUGCCCAGUUCACCCAAUGUGUUCCCGUGGCUAAAUGUGUGACAGUUACAACAGCUGUUGUAAGCUUUUUAAAUAACCCUUAAGUUUUUCAUGACAUUUACUCUAUUUUGAGCUUUUGGAAUCAUAGUCAGUUUCUUUUAACUGUAAUCUAUCAGACAGUUUGCGUUUACAGCGAAUGAUUUUUUUUUGGGUGACGUGAAUCCCUGAUUCUGGGAAGAAACGAAAUUUUGUGAUUGUGAAUAAGUUUGCCUGGGCAGAAUGAACCCCAAAUUUUGAAACUCGACAUCAGUCUGGGUUUCACUUUUCGCAUAAA